UCAUUUAGUAGGUAUUUCACAUCAUGUUUCCGGCGCAAAGGACACGUACAGGGAUGUAGCCAUUGCCGAAAAUUUACAGAAACUUUGACGACUGGAUGGAAGGGUUGGCUCGCCUGCCCCCUUGGCCCUGGACUUGGUCUCGGGCCACGCCAAGGGUAAACAAGUAAACAUGGCACUCCGGUGGGCGGCUCCUCUGCGGCACCCUGGCCCUGCCCUGGCGAUGGCGGGGGCGUGGCCGCGGGAGGGAGGCAGGAGAAGGCACGCCAGCAGGGCCGCGGCCACGCCACCCGCCGCCACCACCACCACCACCAACCACUGCAUGGACAUCGUCAAACGUCACGAUUAUGAAAAUUUCCUGGCACUGUUGCUACUUCCUCAGACUGGCCGGUCCGCUGCGAUGGCCAUACGCGCCUUCAACGUGGAGGUGGCGCAGAUUCAAGACAUGACAUCGGAGGUGUUGAUAGCCAGGAUGAGGUUACAGUUUUGGCGGGAGACACUUGACAAGAUCUACAGUGACAAUGUUCCCAGACAACCCGUGGCCAUGGAGCUGCACAGGGCCAUCAAGAAGCACAGGCUCUCCAAACGUUGGCUGCGGAAUUUGAUCGAUGCACGCGAGGACCACCUUGAGAGACGGCAGUUCCCCUCCACCGAGAAGUUAGAGGAGUACAGUGAAAAGUCCAACUCGACACUCUACUACCUCAUACUCCAGGGCCUUGGCUUUGAGAACAUUCAUGCAGACCACGCCGCCAGCCACGUAGGUAAGGCUGAAGGGCUUGUCAAGACUCUCAGGGGUGUGCCACACAAUGCCACACGGAGGAGAGUCUUCCUCCCGCAGGACAUCUUGAUGAAGCAUGGGGUGUCUCAGGAGGAUGUUAUUCGUGGGAGUCGAGAACAGAAUCUCAAGGAUGUUGCAUACGAUGUUGCCAGUCAAGCUUAUGAACACAUUGAGCAUGCACGCAGCUUGAUGGGUGACGUGCCGAAGGAAGCCAGGACGGCCCUCCUCCCCGCUGUGGCCGUUUCUUCCUACCUCAAAACUCUUCAGAGGAAACAUUUUGAUAUAUUUGACCCUGGCCUCAAGCUUAGAAAUAACUGGCUUCCCUGCUCCAUGCUCUGGGCAAAAGUGUCCAAUAAGUACUGAGUAUGUGGAGACUUCUGUGCAACUAUCGAAACUGUUGAUGAUUUUCUAUAUAUAUUUAUUCUAGUUGAAUCAAGGCAGGGCAGCCAAAGGUGGGUGAAAACUCAUUACCUCGAGACACAGGGCAGGUGUGUCAUCCAGGUUACCAUGGAUCGCCUUCCCCAGUACUUAUUUAUUGACUAGCCCAAAAGGGAGACUGGGUGGGUUGUGUUUCAAGUGCUCAGGCCACCACCACUGAGGCACAGACAAUGUGAUAUUACAAAAAUAGAAAUGUAGCAGAAAUGAUGUAAAUAUGAUCAACACUAAGCAUUGUACAGUUUCCAGUUUGUCAAUAUGUAUCUAAAAUGCAUACAAUUGUUUUAGUGGAAAACAUAAAGCUUAAUAUCAACCUCUG